AUGUUCUCCGGAAUACGAGCAGACAGCAACAGAAGCGCCAUGGAAAUCAGGGAGGCGGCGGCUCUCCGACAGCAGCGCAGGAUAAAACAGGCGGUCCAGUUCCUUCAUAAGGACUCGGCUGACCUGCUGCCUCUGGAUGGGCUUAAGAAAUUGGGAACUUCGAAAGAGGGGCAACCUCAUAACAUUCUUCAGCGAAGGCUUUUGGAAGCAAACCUAUCACGAAAUAGGCUGAACAACCGUGGAGUGAAGCCGUCUUACAACAGUCAAGCGCUUAGUCGUCCUCUUCACAACGACACACAAGAGGAGGAGUCUGACCUCAUUCGUGUGGUGUGCCAGUGCUUGGGGAAGGAGGUGACGGUCAUGCUUAACACAGGCUGUGUGGUGAAUCUUAUAUCCUCAGUUAGUGUGGAAAAGCUUGGCUUAAAGGAAAAGGUUAUCCAGACCAAAAAUGAGACGGAUUUGGGUCCAUUUCAACGUAACCUCCAAACUGUUGGACAUAUUGAACUGAAUCUGAAUUUUGGCCAAACAAAGGCAGAAUGUACAUUUACUGUUAUAGAGAACGACAGGCCUUGUAUUUCCAUCGGCACAAAGACACUGAAGUCUCUUAAAUGUGUGAUCGACACUGAAAAACAAAUGCUGGUUCUGGGAAAAGACACCAGGGAGCAAAUCCAGUUCACUGGAGCUAGCCAUGAGACAGAAGGUUAG